AUGUCGGAAUCUAUAAAAGGUCCGUCUCCAGCUUCAGAAAUUACCCCUCUUGCUAGAGCUUUGUCCUAUUCAAGUUUGAGCCAAUUUGAUCAGCCUGAUUUUUUCCAGUCGCAGACUUCUGUUCACCGGAGCAAGAUGGCCCAGCCAGACGAUGUGAGCCCCUGUGCUGUUGCGCGUGUCUUGGUCAUUAACACCGGAGGGACUAUCGGGAUGAUGUACCAUAAUAAAGGUAAAAAGUUUGGACAGGGAUUUUUACAUUGUAUUUGUUGUUGCCCAGACAAAGUACAUUUAGCUGAGGUGACAGAUGAUGAAUGACAGUGGUAAAAUUGGUUUCAAUUUCGAUAUUAGUCAGUCAUUCGGACCUUCAAACUAAAAUAGCUCGCAAAUGAUUUGAGCUACAUACCUAAGGUUCUUUAUGAAGGAAAACAUGUGUAAAACAUUGCACAUGUCUUAUUAUCCCGAUUCCCGACCCGAGUUUCAUCAUGACAAGGCAACGGUGUAGGCAGCCUGGCAUCCCGUAAAUGUAACAAGUUAGGGACCGUCAACAAAGUGCAUGAUCACAAUAUUAUAAUAAUAAUAAUAUGCCAUUUAGCAGACGCUUUUAUCCAAAGCGACUUACAGUCAUGUGUGCAUACAUUGUUGCGUAUGGGUGGUCCCGGGGAUCGAACCCACUACCCUGGCGUUACAAGCGCCAUGCUCUACCAAUUGAGCUACAGAGGACCACAUAUUCAAAUGUAAUAGUUAUUACACCAGAUGACUUAGCAGACUAAUUUCAACUGUCCAUUAUUCCUUACAUAGAGGAUGCACUCUUAUAAAAAUAUAUAAUGAUAAAAAAUCACUUAAAAUUCAAUAGCUCCUUGAUCACACCCUUUGGUUUCCCCAUAAACCUUAGAAAUGUUAACAUUUUAAUAGCUCUUCAAACAUGUGAUUUAGUAACCUCAUUUCAACUGUCCACUAUUCCUUAUAUAGAGAGGCAUGUUGCACACCCUUUAGUUCUCAUGAAAUGAUUCCUAAUUUGUAUAUAUAGAUAAGGAAAUCACUUAAAAUUCAGUAGCUCCUUGACCAUGUGACCUAGACACCUCAAACCGACAUUGGAAUGUUGAAAGCAUAGGGACACACAUUUUCACACCCUUUGGUUUUCCCAUAAAGCGUUUACACAAUUUUAUAUAAAUAUUUAAAACUUUUAAAUGUCAGUAGCUCUUCAACCACGUGACUUAGCAACCUCAUUUCAACUGUCCAUUAUUUAUUUUUUUCGAAUUUCAAUAGCGCUUUGAACACAUGACCUAGGCACCUUACACAAACGUUGUAUUGUUUACAGGGUAUGGAUGGAGACACAUUGCACACCCUUUGGUUUUCCAAUAAAGCACAACAUUAGAGCCCCAACUCUCUGACUCCCUCAGUUUCACACAACAAUAUGACUUUCUGCUCUGAAAAGUUGGACCACGAGGUUUUGGGCAAUCUGAAUAGUAUUGUGUUGAACAGUUUGUCUGAUUGUCACCUCUUACCUGGACAACUGCAUAGCUCAUUCCUAAAGCCUCUGUGUCAACCCUCUUCAAUAUGUUCAGAAUUCUGUUGCUUCAGUGCUCACCCUGAAGGGUACAGAAUUUUCAAACUGUUUGCAGGCAUUCUGAUGGGCUAGCAGGAGGAGGGCAAAAGAAAGUGUUCUCCCUCCUCUGGGUCCUUCUCUGUUGUUAUGGUACAAAUUAAGGCUGCGGGCUGAUUUCAAGGUUUUACUUUUUACCUACAAAGCAUUGCAUGGAGUUGCUGCUACUUAUCCCUCUGAUUUGGUUCUGCCGUACAUACCUAAAUGUACGCUACAGUCACAAGACGCAGGCCUCCUUAUUGUCCCUAUAAUUUCUAAGCAAACAGCUGGAGACAGGGCUUUCUCCUUUAUGGGAUGGUCUGCCGAUCCAUGUGAGAGAAUCAGACUCGGUCUCAACCUUUUAAGUCUUUACUGAAGACUCAUCUCUUCAGUAGGUCCUAUGAUUGAGUGUCUGGCUUAGGGGUGCGAAGGUGAACGGCAAGGUACUGGCGAGAGGAACCACACUUGCUGUCUCUGGCUUCCCAGCUCCCCUCUCUUUCUGGGAUUCCCUGCCUCUGACCCUAUUAUAGAGGCCGAAUCACUGGCUUGUUUGCGCUCUCCUAUGCCGUCCCUAUGAGAGCGCAUCACGUCAUCCCAUGCUUUGUUCGCUGCACUCGACUCCCUUGGGUGGGUUGAGUCACUGGCGUGAUCUUCCUGUCCGAUUUUGCACCCCCCCUAGGGCUAGUGUGGUGGGUGAGAUCUUCCUGGGCUAUACUCUGCCUUUUCUCAUGGCAGUUAGUUAGUGGUCUGUUGAUUUCCCUUGAGUGGUCUAGGGGCUGUGCUUUGGCAAAGUGGGUGGCUUUUAUCCUGUCUGAUUGGCCCUGUGUGUUAUUUCAUAGUUUUCACUAUUAUUCUACAAUGAAAAAAAUAUAAAUAAUAAAGAAAAACCCUUGAAUGAGUAUGUGUGUCCAAACUUUUGACUGGUUUCUCUGUGGACUGAUCCGUGCAUUUGGCACUUCACAGCGCCCUCUGUCAUUGGUGGUGGUCUGUAGCUUUACAAACAUCCCUUGUUUUGAUGAUGCACUCUUCCCCAGCCACCAGCUAUGUAGUAAUCAUGGCAGAAUCUAAAAGGUUUAUGUCAAGUCCCUCUCCAGCUUCAGAAAUGACCCCUCUCACUAGAGCUUUGUCCUAUUCAAGUUUGAGCCAACUUGAUCAGCCUGAUUUUUUCCAGUCGCAGACUUCUGUUCACCGGAGCAAGAUGGCACAGCCAGGCCGACAGAGCAGUAACAGUAUUGAGUCUCUGGAUGUGUGUCCCUGUGCUGAAGCGCUUGUCAUGGUCAUUAACCCUGGAGAGACUAUCGGGAUGAUGUACCAUAAUAAC